AACUGUUUGCAUUGAAUGAGACAACAGGAAGCCUUUCCACCAACAAGUCAUUAGUGGGUCACUCAGGAACAUACAGAUUUACUGUAGAAGCUACAGAUCAUGGCGUACCUGAGAGACGUGUCUCCCUAACAAGAGUGGUGAUAACGGUAUUAGCAACCAAUCAGCGAGCUCCCCGUUGGAUCUGGCCAGCGGGUAAUAAUCAGACUAUUGAGGUGCUUGAGAACCAGUAUGUAGGCUUGGUGGUCACUGACAAGCCAUAUGCUGUGGAUGAUGAUGAUGGCCCCAGUGGGAAAAUCACAUAUGGUUUCUAUGACAAUAGAUUUGUAAAGGAAACUCCAGAAUUCACCAUUAACCCUAUCACUGGUGUCAUUUCAGCCAAGGUGAUAUUUGAUAGGGAGGAAAAAGAUACAUACACACUGCUGUUAGUUGCCCGUGACAAUGGUCAGCCUCCACUGCAGUCCAACAGGUACUUGACUGUGAAAGUGCUAGAUGUCAAUGAUAACCCACCGUCAUUCCCAACAUUCCAAAAUGGAAGUACAAUACCAGUGACAUUCUUUGUUCCUGAAGGAGUGAAGGAUUACUUUGUUGGUCAAGUCAAUGCUACAGAUAAGGAUACAGGAAGAUAUGCAGACAUUUAUUACUACAUUGACGGUGGCAAUUUCAACAACUCUUUCAAGAUAGAUAAUAGAACAGGAAGAAUCGUCACUAAUAAGGCGUUAGACAGAGAAACCAUCAGCAAGUUUGUCCUAACAGUCAGAGUGACGAAUAAUCUCAAUGAUGAUAAUGUCAUUAAUGUUAAUGAAGAGCCUUACCCUAACCCAACAUAUGUCAUGGUCACCAUUAUUGUUACUGAUACUAAUGACAAUGGACCAAUAUUUACACUUAAUGAGUAUUAUGCCUUUGUCCCAUUAAGGGCACCAUUCUGGUACUUGGUCACAGAUGAAAUAUCCGCAACGGACAAAGAUGGUGGCUCUAAUGGCAAUGUCACCUUCCGUAUUGAUCAGACUAUUGUGUCAAAGGAAGAUACUAAUAUAAUAUACACAGUUGAUAAUGCAAUGACCAUUGGUUUGUUGAAUGCUACUGUGUAUACCAUAUCUCUUAUGGAUAAUUACAAAGAUGUUCGAUUUGAUAUGGUCAUUGAUGCAUCAGACUCUGGAGAAAUACCAAGGUCUAUGAAGUCUAAUCUAAAGGUCUGGGUGGCAGAUGAAACAAAUGAGAUUGUCCUGCUCAUAAAACAACCACCAUAUUGGGUUCGAAGAUACAAGGAAAAAAUCAUACAACUGAUAACUUCAAUUGUGGGAGCAAAGACAGUAUUCAUUGAUGAAUCUGAAAUCAGAUUCCACCAAGUUGGUGAUUAUGUCAAUGAAAAAUGGACCGAUGUUGUCAUCUAUGUGGUUGACAACAAGACCAACUUCCUGAUGGAUGGGAAAGCUGUCGCAGCUACACUUAAAGGGAAGCUGACAGGAGAUGAAAAAGGAGCGUUUGCUUUAUUACAUGUGGCAGAUGCACAGCCUGGUGUAGCUGCAGCUUCGACUGGUGGAGGAGUAGAUUGGGGUGCCCUUGCUGGAGCCAUUGCAGCUCUUCUGGCAUUGUUAUUACUGCUACUGUUGUUGUUAUGUUGUUGUUUACCAUGCUGUGCUAAGUGCUGUGGAGGGUGCUGUGCCCCUGUUGGUGCAGGUGCUGGAAAAGAAAAGUUAGCUGCAGUAAGUGCAGGAGCGGGAACUGGUGCAGGAUAUGGAUAUGGAGCAGGCAGUGCAUAUGGAUAUGAUUCCUUCAACAACCAAGCCUUUGAAUUUGAUGAGCUACAUAGCACAGGGGGAGUGGUAGCAGUAGCUGGUGGUGGAGCAGGUGGUUACUCCCAUGAAGAAAGGAUCGAGCGAGAGCAAUUUGAGUUUGCCAGCAUGGAGAGAAGUGGUGUCGAGCAGGCGGUAGAGGCAGCAGAUGAGGUUGAUGCAAACUACACCAUUGUGGCUGGUUUGGCUGGAGGAGAGCAGGGAGCAGCGGCAGCACAAGGGACAGAUGAGUACACCAUUGUUGCUGGCUUGGCAGGUGGAGAGCAUGGAGGGCAGGCCCAGAUUGCAGAGUCUGCCUUUGUUGGUACCAUUCAUGCCACUACUGCUGGUGGGACCUCCACUAUGAGAUCAGGUGGAAGCAGCAAUGGCGGCGUCACAAUCCGCACUGGACAGUCUUCCAUGAACCAUGUUGAUUCUGGUCCUGCCGCUUCUGUGUAUUCAGAAUCCAUAUACAGCAGCAGGGAUGGCUCAGCUUAUGGUGUCCCAGUUGGUACAGCAGGAUUUACUAUUCAGACAACUGAAACUAGAAUGGCUGCUCCACCACCAGUUGCUGGUUUCACCAUCCAGACGACAGAAACAACAAGAGCUGCACCUCCACCAACUGCAGGUUUUACCAUCCAGACAACAGAAACCCAGAGGGCAGCACCUCCUCCACAAACUGCUGGUUUUACCAUCCAGACAACAGAAACCCAGAGGGCAGCACCUCCUCCUCAAACUGCUGGCUUUACUAUUCAGACCACAGAAAAGGUGACCUCCUCCCAACCCCCACCGCCACCACCUCAGCCCACUGGUCAGUCAUGGCAUUCUGGAAGUUUGACCUUCCGACCAGAAGUUGGCUCACCAGUGCCCCAACAUGGCAUGACCGUUCACACUGAAGAAGUGGUACAGCAGCAUGCCCCUCCAAUGGUUCAAAGCCCCAAUGGAACCCUGCACUCUGGAAGCCUUACCUUCCGUGCUGAUGACUUGCCAUCUCAGAGAUCUGCUGGUGGAACAAUGCAUACAGGUAGUGUGACCAUACGCCCGGAAGAUUUACCUGAUGCCCAUCUGGCUGGCGUCCAUGCUCCACUGACUGGGGUCCAUACUACGACCACCUAUGGAAGAUCUACUGUCCAUCCUGAUGAUCAUGUCCGCACUGGAACCAUGGUGUCAGGUGGCAGCAACACAGUGCGUACAGGGACAAUGCAGAGCAAUGGUAGAGCCAAUAGCUUUACACAUUCUGGUUCUGGAGGUCCAUACACAAGUGUAGAGAAUGGAUUUACUGUGGUUCAUCCACAGUAAAUGAGAAAUAUAUGUAUUAAUUAUUACUAUUAUUAUUAUU